GAUGAUCAAUUAUUCCAUCUAAUGUUGGGAGAAUUUCCUGUCAAUUUUGCUGAUGAUAGUAGCGGGUUUGUAAUAGAACCACCGCAUAGUCCUUUUAACAAUUAUACUACGCAAGAGUUCGGCGCAAUUCGAAGUAACGCCCUUAAAAUAAAUAAUGAAACACAAUUAUCAACGUUAUUACGAUUUCAUGUUGAACAACAUAAACUAAAACGAUUAGAAUUUCACGAUGCUAUUAAGAAUGAAUACGAAAGGGAAAUCAAAUCAAAACAUGAUGAACUGAAACUAUUGAGGUUGUGUGGCUUUGAUACUAAAGACAAAAACAUUAAUGGACUAUUCUUUGAAGAAGAUGAUGAUGAUGAAUUAAUUAAGAAAGAAGGUAAAAUGGUUAAAGAUGGAAAU